UCUAGAUGUUGUUGUAAUAUGGUUGAGAAUUUUGAUUAGAAAUAUAUGUAUUAUUAAAGAUUUUUAUUUGCAGUUGUGAAUAAUUUUAAUGAUUAAUGAAAUAAUUUUAGAAGUUAGAAUGAUUAGUUAUAUAAGGAUUCCGUAAAGUGAUUAAUGAUGGUAGGUUAGUAAUUGUUGUUGUUUAUCUGACUAGUAAUUUUUAUUUUUAUUUUUUUUUUUGUAGAAAUCAAGAAUGUUGACAUGUAACCACCCACUUCCUCCGGAUCGGUACAACGAUAGGGUAGAGGAUCAUCUACGAGUUACCGAUUUCUAUCAUGUCUCUCAGAUUGGGAUUGUGCAAUGUCAGAAAGCAUUGGUAAAUGCUCUAGUCGAACGUUGGCACCCGGACACACAUACGUUCCACCUUCCCAUUGGUGAAUGUUCCGUGACUCUUGAAGAUGUGGCCCUAAUUCUUGGUCUCCCCACGGAUGGUCUUCCGGUUACUGGAAUGACAUUGAGUAGCUUUGAAGCCAUGGAGGCGGAGUGUUUGCUUCAAUUUGGCGUUGCACCGCGUAAGGAGGAUUGUAGAUCUAGCUGCAUAAAACUAACAUGGCUGCGGAAUUUAAAAGAGAAUUUAGAUUUGACCGAUGAAAUCAGUAUACAAAGGUAUGUGAGGUGCCACAUUAUGUUGCUGAUUGGGACGAUAUUGUUUGGGGAUAAGUCUGGGGCAGGGGUGCACUGGAAGUUUCUACCCUUACUUCGUGAUUUUGUCAGUAUUGGUCAGUAUAGCUGGGGAUCGGCAUGCCUAGCACACCUUUACAGGGCCCUAUGUAGGGCAUCUCGCUAUAACUGUAAGGAAAUAGAUGGACCACUAACACUUCUGCUCGGUUGGGCUUGGAUCCGACUGCCAUAUCUAUCACCGCUUCCUAGAGAACCCCGCAGCUUUCCACUAGCAAAUAGGUGGCAUAACUGGGAGCGUACUGACCGACGAUAUAGAUAUAUGAAGCUGGAUCACUUUAGGAAGGCCUUUGAUGAACUUCAGGAAGGUCAGUUUGUCUGGGUUGCGUAUGCUGUGGAUCGUGUGGAUCCGAACAUAAUUCCUCCUGAAAUCUACAUGCAAUCAGUUGUAUGGAGCGCUACUGUUCCGUUGGUGUCAUUUGAAUGUAUCGAGUGGCACGCCACCGAUAGGAUCAGGCGCCAGUUUGGUUUAGUUCAGGGAGUACCUGCUCAGGAGAAGAAUCUGGAUAAGGCGCAUGGGGAGAUUCUAACUGGUCCGAAGAAUCUUAAUUGGGCCACAGCACCGACUCAUUCAGUUUGGGUGAUGCAUUGGACAAACAGGUAUCACUACAUUCUUUCUGAGGUUCCCAUCCCUUCACAUCAGAUAUUGGAUAGUUACAUGACCUGGUACCGAUCAAAAUUCGGGAACCGCUUAUCCUUGUCGAAUGUUGUGGGGGAAGAUGAUGUGGGUAAUGAGGAUAUGGGUGCGGGUAAUGAUGAUAUGGAUGAGGGUAAUCAGGAUACCGAUGAAGGUAGUCAGGAUAUGGAUGAGGACAAUGAUGAACAGGAGCCACAUAUUUCACCUCCAAAUCCGCUUCCACCUGAACAACCUCACUCCUCAAAUCCGUUUGUACCUCAGACACAGUUCACCCCCUCAUUUCCAAUGCAGCAACAAUAUUGGGGUAUGUCACAGUUUGAGACAGGCGAAGGAGGUUCUUUUACACAGUUGCUUGGGUUCAUGGCUGCGGAUGCCGCACAAUCACAAUAUGGCCAUCAGCCUGAGUUCAUGCCAGGCAGGUACUCGUUGGAUGCAAGGUAUCCAGGCCAUACCUCAUCCGUUGCUUCCGGAGGGUUCGUAUCUGUUGGUGACUCUAGUAGAAGUGAUGGUGGACGCGGUGUUCUCAAUACUCAGAAUCCUAACCGUCUUAACAUGGGACUCAUUGAGGAAGACACUAACACACUCGAACAAGAAACCGAUGCUUAUCUAGCAGACGACCCGAAUGACGAGGGCGAUGGUGAGGAGGACGAAAUUGAAGAUUUCGAUGAGGACGAAGAAUCUCGCAAUGAUGGUCAGGCAGACACUCCAGAGGAGAACGUCAAAGGUUACAAUCUGAGGAUUGAUCCGCCACGUCGGAGUGCCAAUCGCUUCACUCCUUCUGUCUUCAAAAAAGCGGCCAAGAAGUGCAAGAACUUUGUGAAGGAUGUAAAGUGGGCGAUGAGAAAGUAGUUGUGGAGUUAUGUUUAGGGUGAUUUGUAUGUGUUGGACUUUGUAUUAAGUAAUUUGUAUGUGUUGGAU